GCCAUUUUGUGGCGUUAAGCCGCGCGCGCGGGCGGUUCCCUCUCAUUUCCUCGUCGCGGCGGGACGGGGCGGCCGCUCCUGGCGCUUCGCUCCGGCCUCGGGCCGCCCCUCGGACCCUGAGGUUUAUUCUCUUCGUCCGCCGCCGCCCCUCAGGGGCUCCUGCCCACCAUGAGCUACGGCCGCCCGCCGCCCGAUGUGGAGGGCAUGACGUCCCUCAAGGUGGACAACCUGACCUACCGCACCUCCCCGGACACCCUCCGGAGGGUCUUUGAGAAAUACGGCCGCGUGGGCGACGUCUACAUCCCACGGGACCGCUACACCAAGGAGAGCCGCGGCUUCGCCUUCGUGCGCUUCCACGACAAGCGGGACGCGGAGGACGCGAUGGACGCGAUGGACGGGGCGGUGCUGGACGGCCGGGAGCUCCGCGUGCAAAUGGCCCGCUACGGCCGCCCGCCCGACUCGCACCACAGCCGCCGCGGGCCGCCGCCCCGCCGGUACAGCAGCAGCGGCUACGGCCGCCGCAGCCGCAGCCCUAGAAGACGCCGUCGCAGCCGAUCUAGAAGCAGGAGCCGCUCUAGGUCCCGCAGUCGGUCCCGCUACAGUCGAUCCAAAUCCCGGUCUCGCACACGCUCUCGGUCUCGCUCCACCUCCAAGUCCAGAUCUGCCAGGAGAUCCAAGUCAAAGUCCUCAUCUGUCUCCAGAUCCCGAUCCAGGUCAAGAUCCCGGUCUAGAUCUAGAAGCCCUCCCCCUGCCUCAAAGAGGGAAUCCAACUCUAGAUCCAGGUCUAAGAGCCCUCCUAAGUCUCCGGAAGAAGAAGGAGCUGUAUCCUCCUAGGAACAUGGUAAUGUACCUCGGGGUCAGCACAGGAUGCAUGUUACUUUAUUAGAUCGCUUAGAUGGGGUGUUGGGUAGUUCUUGGAGCAUUAAUAGCCUGAACCAAGUGAAUCCUAGUGGGGCACAUUGUUGUUGGUUUUGGUUUUUUUUUUCUUGAGCAGUGAUUUUUUUGGUUAUUGAUUUAGGGAAAUAAUUACUGAAGGGUUUUCUACGGAGAAAUUUUUUUUUUUAACAGAGAAAAUGUUUUAUUGCAAGAUUAAUGCCUUGGUUUUAAUAAAAUAUUGUAUGAGACGCAACCUAUGAUGAAAAUGACUAUUUCUUACUGUAUUUAUCCAACAUCUGCAUUUUCCCCUUUAAAGCUGCGGUCUCCUGUUUGCUAAAAGAAUAUUGGCCAGUAUUGCAGAUUUUAACUGAUUUGGCUGAUCCUCCAGGGACCAGUUUCUGUGGGCGUGUGUUGGAGCAGGUUUGUCUUACACUGUUAAAGAUACACUAUCCUUUUAGAACGGAAGAUCGGUUCAGUGGCCGUUGUACUGACUGGAGGUAAUAACUGUCCUAGAAAAGUGGUAAAAUUCCUUGCAAAGAGAAAACCACGGAAACUAGUUUUUCCUCAAGUCGACAUCUUGAAGAGGCAUCUAAGGAUACACUGGGUGGGGAAAGGAUAGUGUGUCUUUAACCCUUCAAACUGUUUGGUCCUAUUUUUUAAAAGGAAAGGGCCUGAGCUAGCUCUGGAGUUAGAUAAUUGUAGCAAAAUUAGUCACAUUUUCGGUUUUGACUGCUAAUUAGAGCUUAGUUAAGUCUUUAUGAAGAAGUAUUAGUUUUAUAACUUUUAUAGAACUCUGAAUAAUUGAGUGGUGAACAGGCUGAAUUGAAGUUAAUGGUGGCUUGAUCCACAGCCUGGUGCUUAUUCUCCUUUGUAACUAAAUAUUUUAACCAAACCUUACAUUUGGCCUCUGAAGUAAAGCAACACACGGGGGGGAGGUGGAACACUGUGGAAAUUCCUAAAACUUAAUUAAAUUAGUCAAAGCCAGUUGAAACACAACUAGAAGUAUCCCUGAAGUCAUCCACACCCAAAAUGGACAAGGUAGAAACCUGGCUGAAUUUUUCUCUCUUCAAACCUAGAUGCUUCAGCUAAAUGAGAGCCCAGAUAAAGGACGCCUUUGGGGGGAAAAGAUCGCUUGAGUCUUCAGCCCAUUGGAGAGACCCUGGCCGAGCAACCAGCUGUUGAAAAGGUUAUUUUGUAACAUUUUGUCUAACUUUUUACUUGUUUAAGUUGCGCCUCAAGUGGCAGAUUUUACAUUUUAUGUGCCAUUUUGUUGCUGUUAUUCAAAUUUCUUGUAAUUUAGUGAAGUGAACGACUACCGAUUUCAAUAUUGGCUUGGAUAUUUGAGGUAAAACUUCAUUUUUGUUUAUAUAGUGCUGACUUCUAUUGGAAAUUAAAAUCGAUGGUAACUUGCUGCCUCCAGUUUCAUACUGAGGAAUCAUGCAGCCAUUAUAUGCUGAUAGCUAACUGUCAAAAAGUACUCUCAAUUUUAUUUUGAAUCCUUAAAUAAGUCCACAAAACUUCAACUUGAAACUUACUGUAAAUGCUUUUUUUUUUUUUUAUAAGAAAGAAAAACUUUGACUUAAAAUAGCAUCUUCAAAUUCAAAUUGAUAGAAAUCUUUUCAGGUGACAGUUGAUAUUUGCAAGGAUUGUUUUACCAGACUCAAUUCUAAUCUCUUCUCUUAUGUAUUUUUGUGCACUAGGCGCAGUUGUGUAGCAGUUGAGUAAUGCUGGUUAGCUGUUAAGGUGGCGUGUUGCAGUGCAGAGUGCUUGGCUGUUUCCUGUUGUCUCCUGAUUGCUCCUGUGUAUGAUGCCUUGUCGUGCAGAAACAAAUGGCUGUCCAGUUAAUUAAAAUGCCUGACAACUGCACUUCCAGUCACCCGGGCCUUGCGUAAAAUAAUGGAGCAUACAGUGAGCACAUCUAGCUGAUGAUAUACACACCUUAUUUUUUCCAGAAUGGUAAAACUUACCAACCUACAUAUAUGAACUUACAUAUGAGAAUUGUAAUGUUAAGCAAAAAAAUGGUUCAUUCCUCUGUAAGUACUGAUUGGUGUAUCUUUUGCUUAAGACAUUCUGUACUAUACCCACUGUCUCUGUAGUUAAUAUUAAACAUUUUUUUUCUGUGUUAACUUUUCUCAA